CAGUGAAUUGGAGCAUUUAAGAACAUUCUUCUGCCAAGAAGACCAAAAGGAACGAAGAAGAAAGGGGCAAAGAGCCAAAAUGAAAUUGAUAGUUCUUGCUGUCACUGUUGGCCUAACUUUGCUGCUAGGAGUCCAAGCCAUGCCUGCAAAUCGCCUCUCUUGCUACAGAAAGAUACUCCAAGAUCGCAACUGUCACAACCUUCCAGAGGGAGUAGCUGACCUGACAAAGAUGGAUGUAAAUGUCCAGGAUCAUUUUUGGGAUGGGAAGGGAUGUGAGAUGAUCUGUUACUGCAACUUCAGCGAAUUGCUCUGCUGCCCAAAAGAUAUCUUCUUUGGACCAAAGAUCUCUUUUGUGAUUCCUUGCAACAAUCACUGAGAAUCUUCAUGUAUUCCAGAGAACAUCAUCUUUCAUUUCCCACAUACUGCACUAUAUCAACAUAACUGCAUUUCAAGUUUCUAUCCAGUGCAAUAAAGCACAGAUUCUAUACAUUCUUACUUGUCUAAAACAGUAAACUUGAGUUAAAUAAGUAGUAAUAAAAAAUAAUUCAAUUUGAA